GCUCUACUUGUAAAGACUAGGUCAUUCGUCCACCACUGAUCAUCCUAUAUCCGCUGCAAGUCUACCAUUGAUCGCUCAUGUCUUUCCAUAAGUUGUGGAGGAAAGCACAGGACAAUCCGACUGAAUUCUCAGUUUGGAUCAGCCUUUUGGAUCUCGUUGAAAAACAGCAAAAUAUUGAAUAUGCCAGACAAGCUUUUGAUGCAUUCUUCAAGCGUUUCCCAUAUUGCUAUGGUUAUUGGAAAAAAUUCGCUGACAUGGAACGCCACAAAGGAAAUAAAGAAAGGUGUUUACAAGUUUACGAAUUGGGAGUUAAGACUAUUCCUUUGAGCGUAGACCUAUGGACGGCCUAUUUGGAUGCUGCCAUCGAAUACUACCAUACGCAUGAUGAUUAUGAAACUAAAAUGCGCAGUCUUUAUGAAUCUGCAGUGGAUUCAGCUGGGCUUGAAUUUCGUUCUGAUGCCUUGUGGGAACAUUAUAUAAGCUGGGAAAGCGGACAUAAUCGACUGGUUAAUGCAGUUAAUAUUUAUGCUCGCUUACUAUCAAUUCCAACUCAACUUUAUUUCCAAAAUUGGGACAGUUUCAAUAAAUUGGUUGAAGAAAACCGUCCUGAAGAUAUACUGUCUAAAAAUGAGUUCGCAAGUAUGGUGGCACAAAUCUCAGUGGCUUCCGGUAAGCCUAUCUCACUUGAAAAAGCAAUGGGAGACGUUAGUGAUGAAUUGGAACCACCAAUUUUAGGAUCUACAAAGCCAACGAUUGAAAUAACAGAUGCUGUCAGGACAUCUAUACGACAAAUGAUAAUUGAUUCACGUGAACAAAUUUAUCGGGCAACUUAUAUGCAGAUUAUGCGGCGGUGGUACUUUGAAGAGAAGAUCCGACGUCCAUAUUUCCAUGUGAAACCCCUGGAAGAAGUGCAACUUAAUAACUGGGCUGAAUAUCUAAGUUUUGAAGAAGCAGAAGCAGGGACUGUUAUUUCACAUAUAAGAGAACAAAUGAAAGCGACCAGUCAGUUAUCUGAUGAUAAAUUAGAAGAAGCUGUUCUUCAAUGUCCUGAAGUAAAACUUGCUAAACGUCGUGUUCGUGUCCUGUAUGAACGUUGUCUUGUUGCUUGUGCUCUAUAUGAACACUUUUGGAUACGUUAUGCAAAAUAUUUAGAGUAUACUGAAGGUGAUAUAGCAGCUGCACGUGAAGUUUGGCGACGUGCUUGUAUCACUCAUUUACCGUAUAAACCAACAAUUCAUUGGCAUUGGGGUUGUUUCGAGGAUAGAUAUCCUGCUUGUUUAGAUAAUCCACAAAAGUUUGAAGUUCUUACCUGUUUGGAUAUUUUAACAGAUCUAGAGAAGCGCUUAACAGAUAGUGCUCUUGUAUGUUGUAGACGAGCAGAUGCUUUACGAAGAGCAGGGAAACCACUAUUCGACAUUAUCGCUUGUCUACGUAAUGGUAUCAAUCGUCUUCGUUAUCUAGUUCAAGAGCAAAAUAAAGUAGCACAAUGCGUUUCUGGGGCUACUGCCUCUCGUACUGUAGCACAAGCCAUUGCUACUGCAGCGCAAGCUCGUGCAGGAGCGGGUGUUCUUGCUGGUCGCCUUGCUCGACUGUUUCAUCGCAAUGAAUCACUAGCCCCUGAGGGGAUACCUGUAUGGAUGUUGUUACUCAGCACUAAAUAUGAAGAGGACGAGGAUGAAUCGAUGAUAUUAGAUCUACCUAAGAUUGAAGAAACCAAUUCCAACGAAAAGAGUGUGGAAGCGGAAAGUACGGAUAAGAGCCUUGAUAAAUCAGAUGAAGCUGUCACUUCUCCAAAGGCUGCGAAAGCCGAUGAAGAGGAUGUUGUAGAUAAAGCAAAAGUCAAUUCUGUAGAUAGCGAUCAUGAAUCUGAUUCAGAAGUUGAAGCUGCUUCAUCUGAUAACGAUGUAACAAUGGAUGAAGAAACUGAUGAAGAAAACCACCAGAAAUCAGUAACGGAUACAACGACAUCUAAUAAAGAUGAGCAUGCGAAUGAAGAUGCCUUAGAUGAGUCUGGUUCUCCCCCCAUUCUAGUCGUUCCCUGUUCACAAAAGAAAAAGAAACAUCAUAAACGUAAGCAUAGGGAAAGCAAAAAGUCGAAACGUAAGCACAAUUCUAGUAAAAAAGCGAAACUGGAGGAAGAAGGUUCCGAAAAAGAGGAAAAAGAAGAGGAAGAAAAUGCUGAGGAUGUAUCGGGAGAUGAAUCAAAACCAGCUCCUGAGGUCGAUCAAACAGCGGAAGAAGAGGAACGUAUACGUAACCUUCUUAACAGACGACACAAAGUGAUCGAGAUUCACGCUCCUUCACCAUCGGAGCUUACGGAUGAAGAUCGUGUGGUUAUUUCUUGUGAAGAAGCGGCCAUUAGAGUUCUUAAAGAAGCCAUUGAUUAUGAUCCACGUAACGAGCGACUAUAUGCUCAAUUACUUGAUAUUAUCUAUCAACGUAGACCAAUUGAUAUUGAAGGUUUUAUUGAGGCCACUAAUCUUGCCACAAUUGAUUCAGUUCUGCCAGCGCAUAUCAAAUUAGCUUUUUGUCAACGUAAACUACAGUUUUUGGAAGAAUUCGAUACAGAUUUAUCUCGGCUAAAUGCUACAUAUGAAGAAUACAUGAGUCUCUGUGAUGCAAUCAAUACUGGUGUCACUACAUCAGCUAUCGCUCGAGGAGCUAGUAGACUCAUAAGUGGUUACCAGCUCCCGGAUUUAUUAAAUUUGCCUACAACCUCUCUUAGAGUAAGUUCAGUUAUUGGAGCAAAUCCUUGUGAAAUGGUAGUUUCUGCUGCACCGGUUGGUCGUACACCUUGCUUAAAUACUGACCAGUCUGCUUUGGAAGCUGCUGCUUCAGUUGGAACACCAGCACCAGAUCCGUCUACAGCGGCUGGUUAUUACACUGCUGGAGGAUAUGAACCAUUAGCUGCUGCUCUUGGCAAUACGUCUGGACUUCCACCUCCUGUUCCAACAGGUAUACCUGUUAUGACACCUUCAGUAACGAUUCUUCCUGGUGUGUCCGAUACAUCGACUUCAGGUGCAGCUGGUUUGACAGCUGAUGCUGCAUAUGCAACCUAUUAUUAUACUGCAACAACUGGUGCUUCAUCUGUUCUCGCACCAGUCGUUGUUCCAGCAGUAGCGGCAGCUGCAGCGGCGGCAGUAGAUAUCAAUUUGUCCGCAUCAUCUGCGGUCACCUCGUCGAUAGUAACCUCAAUAACUACAUCUGUGCCAUCAGUUGUAUCUGUUGGACAAUAGUUUCGUAGCACAGCACAUUGUACAACAUUUGAUGUUUUUUUUGUAUGGUUUUUAAAUUUUUUUUCAACUUCAAACUGCAUUAUACAUUUUUACAAAAAAAUCUUUUUGUCAUGGUUUGCUAAAUAUAUAUAU